AUGUCGUUCCAUAUUCCAAUGGAGAAGCUUCUCCAAAGGAACAACAUCGAAUUCAAAGCAGAGCGAGCAAGAUUUCCGCCCCUCACCAGAAUAUUGAUGUCCGGGGAGAUGAACGGUUCUGGAGCCAAGGAGUUGACGGCCAAGCAAAAGUUUGAUCGCUGGAUGAUCAAUGAAGGAUGGAGGAGAUUUACCGUGGCUGUUUUUAUUCUUGUGCAUGUGAUGAUUUUCGUGUUUGGGUUUACCAACUAUGGUUUCAAGGACAACCUGAAUAACGCACGAGCAACCUACACAUGGACGUACAUGGUGGCGAGAGCUGCCGCACUCUGUCUACAUACCGAUGUCGCCUUGAUUCUAUUCCCGGUCUGCCGGACCUUGAUAUCUCUAAUGAGACAGACGCCUCUUAAUGGCAUCAUCCAAUUUGACAAAAACAUCACAUUCCACAAACUCGUUGCAUGGUCAAUCGUUUUCUUCACCUGGGUACAUACAAUCGCCCACUUGAACAAUGUCGCACAGCUAUCAGCCAAAAACAACCAAGGCUUUGUUGGGUUCCUGCGAGCCGGAUUCUUGACAGGACCAACAUGGACGGGCUGGAUUAUGCUUAUCAGUCUGAUGGCCAUGGUUUUCACGUCACUCGAGUCCCCUCGCCGAAAGAACUUUGAGCGAUUCUGGUAUACACAUCACUUGUUUAUCGUCUUCUUCGUGUUCUGGUCCAUGCAUGGGGUCUUUUGCAUGAUCCCCACGGACUUUGCGCCUUUUUGCUCGGGGAUCGGGGUCUUUUAUCAGUUCUGGAUCUAUGGCGCAGUCAUCUAUCUGGCCGAGAGAAUUGCGCGAGAGAUUCGCGGACGGCACAAGACCUAUAUUUCCAAGGUGAUUCAGCAUCCCAGUAAUGUUGUGGAGAUUCAGAUCAAAAAGGCAAAAACCAAAACGAGAGCUGGACAGUACAUCUUCCUUUGCUGCCCCCAGGUCUCGCUCUGGCAAUAUCAUCCGUUUACCCUCACCAGUGCUCCCGAAGAAGACUACAUAUCCGUUCACAUCCGAUGCGUCGGAAACUUCACCAAGGCUUUGGCAGCGACACUCGGCUGUGACUUUGACGCAGCCAGGGGCACCAAAGAUGCCAGUCGGUCUGCCGUUGUCGGAGUAAACAAGAGUGACAGCAACGACCCUUCUUCUAUCCGCCGGGUCCUCCCCCGAGUAUACAUUGACGGCCCGUUUGGCAGUGCGUCGGAAGACGUGUUCAAAUACGAGGUUGCCAUGCUGGUUGGCGCGGGCAUCGGAGUGACGCCCUUUGCUUCUAUUCUGAAGAGUGUCUGGUACAAGAUGAACUACCCGCAACAGCGAACUCGGCUCCGAAAGGUGUAUUUUUUUUGGGUAUGUCGGGAUUUUGGGUCUUUUGAGUGGUUCAAAUCGCUACUUGCUGCAAUCGAGGCCCAGGACUUGGAGAGUCGGAUUGAAAUACACACUUACCUGACAGCCAAAAUCAAGGCCGACGAUGCCACAAACAUCAUGAUCAACGACGCCGAUGCAGACCGAGACGCCAUCACCGGCCUGCGAGCACCGACAAACUUUGGCCGUCCGAACUGGGACACGAUCUUUCGGUCUGUGCGUAAAAUCCAUGCUCCUGCAGAGGCUGGGGUCUUUUUCUGCGGUCCCAAGGGACUUGGCAGUCAGUUGCAUGUCAAGUGUAACCAGUAUUCUGAACCGGGCUUUCAAUUUGUUUGGGGGAAGGAGAACUUUUGA